AUGAACCACCAACAAAGAAAAUUAAUUCCCAUGAAUACUCCGGGGUAUUCAACUCCUUCUUCGUCAACCUCAUCGUCAGACCAAUAUAACCAAUUUGGUCAAAAUUUUGUUCAACAACACGCUCAACACUCACAACAAUUAAAAAUGAAUAAUCCAGGGCAAUCAACACAUCCUCGUUAUCACAUGAAUAAUAUGGUUAAUAUGGCUAAUAUGCAAGGAGGACAAGGAAUGAUUCCUAAUUCUCAAACAGUCAUUAGAAAACGGAAUAUGGCGGAUAAUUCAACGAUUAACGUUCAACAAGCCAAGAAAAAAAGAACGAUUGACAGAAACAUCCCAGAAAAG